AAAAAAAAAAAAAUUCACCUUGAACGAUGACUUUCAUUGAAAUGUUGGACUAUUUUCAUUUUUUUGUUUGCUACGUAAGCAGUGGUGUAGUGGUUAGCAUGUCUGCCCGCACCUCCGGGGUUGGGGGUUCUCCUUGUGCAAGUUCUUGUGCUUCAGGGGUUUCUUGCUUCAGGUUGGUACCCCAUCCGGGGUGUCCCCCAAAUAAUGCCCCGAGUUUCCUGGGAUAGGCUCCAGUCUCCUCUGCGACCCUGUAUAGGAUAAGCUGUAUGGAAAUUAGAUGGAUUGAUUAUUUGCUACAUUACCCACACUAUCGUUUGACAACCUGCUGAUAGUGGUGCCAGUGGCAUAUAACCUCUUUCACUUAAUCUCUACAUAAAGAGACUGAUGCAACGGCGCUUUAGUCUGUGCAGCUCUCUCGCCUCCUCAUCUGUGGUCUGUGCUCAAACCUCAUCCUAUGGAAAUUAGAUGGAUUGAUUAUUUGCUACAUUACCCACACUAUCGUUUGAUAACCUGCUGAUAGUGUUGCCAGUGGCAUAUAACCUCCUUCACUUAAUCUCUACAUAAAGAGACCGAUGCAAUGGCGCUUUAGUCUGUGCAGCUCUCUCGCCUCCUCAUCUGUGGUCUGUGCUCAAACAAAUAAGGUUCCAAAGCUUCAACUUUCAUUUCAUAGAUUGUUUGCUAGCUGAGCAGAGUUCUCUGCUGUAACUUAUUGCAUUGCAUUGCAUUUUUGUACCAUUGUUCCCUUGUGGGAACACAGAGUGGCACAGAACUGCUUUUGUGGUUCUCACAUGAAACAAGUGAGCUAAUUUGCUAAACACCUCACAGAUAUUUUUAUAUGAAUAUAUUUGACGCGUUUCAGGGUGGCCUUUGCUUUUGAGAACUUGUCCUGCUUAUAGAUGUUAUGAUCAUGUGUUCAUUUAUAAAGCCCAAAAUCAUAUCUGGAUGUGAUUCACAUUUAAUCCAUAAGUAAAUGGACAGAUCCCUUAAAACCCUUAUAUGAUUUGUAUAAGGUCAGUUUCAGGUAUCAGUCAAUAUGCAUUUCACUGAUUAUCAGUAUCAUAACAAAUGUGGAAUAAAUGGGAUUGGUGCAUCUUUACUAAAAUCAUAUUUCAGUGGACUGACUGCAUUUUUUAGGGAGAAAAUGGAAGAACCCUUAUAAGGUAGAAUGAAGGGAAGGAGUCACCCCUCCCUGGAUGGGUAAGAUGGUGAUGAAAGUAGGAAUACACGAGAGCAAUUCCAGAUAUAAUCUGCAGAAGGAAAUAUGUCUUUUUGGUCUGCCUUGCUAACAAUAUCAUGGCAUUUACUCUAACAUUUUGUGAAUUAGGAUCCUGCUGUGUUUGUGUUUUGAGUUGAACUGCUUCUGUCUCGGGUAAUAUUAUAGUUUAGACUAAGCCUGAACAUGUAUUUGCAUGUUAUAUGCCUUUAGCGUGUAUAUUAAAAUGUCUUCCUGUUAUGUGUCAGUGCUAGUGAAACUUAUGUUCAAAUCCCUGGCCUGUUAGGUCCUUGAGUGUAAACCAUUAUCCCUCAGAGUUUUGCCUCACUUGCAGGUUUCAUUCUAUAAAAAUGUAUCUGCUAAAUGAAUAAAUAUAAAUAUCUUCCUAAGCUGCUCAUACUAAAAGCACCAGUUACUGUUGCUUAUUACUAUCAAACUUUUUUCUUUGGUCAAAAUAUAGCCCUGCCCUAUUUCGUAUAGUAUAGUGUAGUCUAUUUUGGUUCACCAUUCAUUAAAGAAUAUUUUCAUACUCCAUGUUAUCUGAUGUCUCAGUUUCAACAAGCCUACAAAUAGAGAAGCUUGAAUGUCUCGUUUUCUGUUUAAGCACUCUUAAAACUCCAGUGUGAGUGAGAGUACUUCUGUGCUCUUCCAUUUAUCCUGACCAGUCUUGUCUGCCCAGUAUACUGAAGUGCUGUAUCUGUCUCCUUUAUAGCAGCACGCUGUAUUCCAAGAGAUGGGUCACUUGUGCUACACCAUUUUGAUGCUAUUACAGCAUAAGAUGUAGAGUUAGAGACCUUCACUUGCCAAGAAAAUAAUGGCUAUAGUUUUGGCAACAAGCCUGAAGUUUGUGCUUCUCUGCUUGAUUGGAAAAUGAGGAAACCACAACCUUUUUGUUUCCUCCUUCAGCAACAGACAGCCAUUUGAUAUUUUGAGAACUAAAACACGUCAGCCCUUGAGAUGACGUUCGAAAUUUAAUCACUCUAAAUCAGAACUACUUGUGAGUCAUCAGUCAGACUUGGAACCGUGCUGCUUUAUAUUGAAUUAAUGUAUCUGUGAUUAGGACUGCAUGAAACUCCUGUUGUGCCGUCAGGAACCAUGACGACGGCUCGCUAUAGGCCCACCUGGGACCUGGCUCUGGACCCGCUGGUAUCCUGUAAGCUGUGUCUAGGAGAGUUCCCCCUGGAGCAGAUGACCACCAUAACACAGUGUCAGUGUGUGUUCUGCACGCUGUGCCUGAAGCAAUAUGUGGAGCUUCUCAUUAAAGAAGGCCUUGAAACUGCUAUUAGC